AAACUAUAAGCACCUCGGGGGUAUAAGCUACAAUGGUUUACUAAUCGUCGCAUUUUCAAUUAAGUAAACUCUCUACGUAAAGUACACUUUACGGAUAAAGCAAGAUUAUAAAGUCAAUUAUAAAUCAACUCUUGGUUCAAGCUCCAACUUCCUCAAAAUAAACCAAUCAAGUAUUUUCUACGCUAUGGCAUUACCACUCCAACAAAACGCAAUGCGCAUCAUCAGCGUUGUAAUUCGUAACAGGAUUGGAUAACCUUACGAAUGAUAGAUUCAACCUCAUAAGCUAGGAGAAUUUAGAACCCGCCAAUACAUACCUAGACCACAAGAUAAUCUCAAUUUUCAAAAAGGCCGAGAUGGCGUCAGGAAAGAAAGUCUUCAUCGUCGGACCGGGUUUCAUCGGCUGGGCCGUGCUCGACCUAUUAGUAAAGGAGAACUACUCCGUGACGGGAUUCGUGAGGAGGCAAGAACACGCGGACCAGCUCACAGCCUCCGGGGCCGCCGAUACGGUCCUCGGCGAUCUCAACGACACGGCGUUGAUUACGAAGCACGCGCUGUCCCACGACGUCGUGAUACACACGGCCACCGCAGACCACCUCCCCAGCGUGGAAGCCAUCUUGGAAGCCGUCCAGCAGCGCGCGGAAAAGGGGCUCAGCACCAUCUUCAUCCACACGUCCGGGACGUCGCUGCUGGACGACGGGGCCGUCGGGGCGUAUAAGGGGGACAAGGUCUUCCGCGACGACGCGCCGGCCGAGAUCAACGCUCUCCCCGACACCGCGCCCCACCGGCGGAUAGACCUCGCGAUCGUCGGGGCGCAGAAGCAGCUCGGCGACAAGGCCAAGAUCGCCAUCAUGAUUCCGCCCACCAUCUACGGGUACAACCCGCGCCACGGCCGGCUGUCGAUCCAGGUCCCGGUCCUGACGCGGUACGCGCUCAAGCACGGGUACGCCGGGCACGUGGGGGCCGGGCGCGCGGUCGAGAGCAACGUGCACGUGAACGACCUGGCGCGGGGGUACGUGGCGCUGCUGCACCACCUGGAAGCGAGCCCCUCCAACAGUCCCUCCGUCCUCGACAACCCGUACUACUUCUGCGAGUCGACGGGGGACGAUGAGCCGAGCUGGCGCGACGUCGCGGCGCUCAUCGGGGCGGAGCUGCACAAGGCGGGCCUCAUCGCGGACCCGGAGCCGCGGACCAUCCCGCCGGAGAACUACGGCGACCUGUUCGGGAGCGGGACGCUUUCCAACCUCGGCCUGAAUAGUCGCAGUCGCGCCGUGAGGCUACGCGCGCUGGGCUGGAGGCCCGUGGAGAAGAGCCUGGCCGAGAGUUUUGUCCAGGACGAGCUCCCGGUGAUUUUGAAGGAGGGUGGGGGUCGGGAUUGGAAGGCUUUGGAUGGGUAUCAUAAGGCGGUUUCUAGUUGAGCGAGGGGCCUGGAUUACCUAAAUUCAGUUACCUAUAAGUAUAAAUUCGAAUUGGUCCCAAUGUCAAGGGGUGUACGUGUGAUAGAGCAUGUAUAAAAAGCCACGAUUUAAGAAUGCAGUUUUGCUAAGAUCUUACACCGAGGGGCGUAGGAAUUUAGGGUGUUGGAUGGAAGGAUUUUUUUUUUAAAAAAAAUGAAAUGAAGCUAUAAAAGAUUAUUCCCAUUAGAUAGCAAGUUCUUAGGCAGUCCUUAGAAUAUUUUCGAUUCAUAAAAGGUUUACAUAGUAGGGUGAUAUUUUGAUUAUUACCCCUUUUUCGCAUACAAACGUUCUCCUUUCUAAAGGAGAUCAGGAGAGUAGGAGAAUCCCCCUCAAAAACAGCCGC